AUGCAUCCUAUAGUCUCAAAGGAAACAGAACCAUGCGAUGAUUUCAUGUUAUGUGUAACACCGCCAUCAAAGAAGGCUUUGAACGCCAUGAAGGAAUUCUCCCAAUCUUGCCAAGGCAUGAUUUUCUUCGAUAAAUGCCCUACGGAGGUGGAAGCAUCACCGUCCUUAUGGAUGUCACCAAUAAUCUCACCACGAGGGGGCACUGCCGGAAGCCGUGAAGAGGUGCCAGCAGCUAUGUCGGGUGUGCCCAGGCAAGGAGAAGUUGGAGGCAGCACUGCUGGAAACUGUGGAGAGGUGCCGGCAGCUAUGUCGGGUGUGCCCAGGCAAGGAGAAGUUGGAGGCAGCACUGCUGGAAACUGUGGAGAGGUGCCGGCAGCUAUGUUGGGUAUGCCCAGGCAAGGAGAAGUUGGAGACAGCGCUACGGGAAGCUGCGAGGAGGUGCCGGCAAUUGUAUCAGGUGUCCUAAGGGGAGGGUAA